AUGUCGGCCGCGCGUUGCUGCUUGCUGCUCGCCGUGGCAGGCAGCUCUGCCGUCAUGGACAUAGAGGGGAAGGGCGGGCAUCUCCGGAGGCCCAGAGAACAGGCGCCUCAUAGUCUCAUAGUGGGCGAUGGUUCGAAGGUGCACGUGAGCGUCGAGGUGCUGGAGAGCGGAGGAAUGCUUAAUGGCACCACCGCAAUCGAGGAGCCGGCCCGCAUAGAAACCGCGGAUCUGUGCACGCAGCUCGGGGUGUCCUGGUUGGCGUUGGUGCUCAGCGGCGGCGUCUUCGUCAUCUUGUCCAGGUACCAGACCCUGGCGCAGUUGCUCCUGUUCUUCGGGGCCCAGAACUUCAUGAACUUGUUGUACAUCAAGGCGAUCCUGUCCAUCCACACGGUCUCCCAGGAGCUCAACAUACGGGGCUUCCAUGCGCCCCUAGUGCUGACGGCCAUGCAGCAGCUCGCGGGCUUCCUCUUCCUCGUGCUGGUGAUCCUCGUGUCCCAGCUGACGCCGUGGGCCUACAGGCCGCACAGCAUCGUCAGUAAGGACCAGGCCUUCGCGGUGAUGGCCCUCGCAGUGUGCUUCACCCUGAACAUCGCCCUCAACAACUUCAGCCUCUCGCUCCUGGACAUGUCCGUUAACGUUAUGGUCCGCUCCACGAGCCCGCCGAUGUCUCUUCUCCUGCAGCUGUGCUCUCCUGCGAAGGUAGGCAUGGUGCUACUCGGCGUCAUCGGCGCGGCGCUGGUGGUUAUCUCCAAGAGCGCCCAGAAGAAGACGGCGGCCCAGAACGAGGGCGGCGGCAGCGACACGCUGGGUCUCCCUGGAGCUCAUGGUAGUGAUGAUUCUUGGCAAGGGGUCAAGCUGAACGCUAUCGACUCGCUCAUUUAG